AUGAAUGAAAUUGAUCAGAAAAGGCUCUUUAAUGUUGUAGUCAAUAAAAAUUAUUCCUGCAGUGAAGGUCAUAUUUUUCCUAAUACUGAUCUUUCUUUUUUAAUAAUUGUACAACCCAAUUCUAGCAUUGAAAAUGCACUGCAAGAUCUGUAUGAUGAACAAAACUUCGAUGAAUUGUGAUGCCAAGAAUGCGGAAGUUUGAGAAAGCAAGCUCGUUAUGUGAGUUCUGUAGAAUUUCCACAAUAUUUGAUAUUUUACACACCUAAAAAUAAGAGAACCAAUUUUAGCUUUCCUGAAAGUUUGGAAAUCUAUGGAGAAGCAUAUUCGCUAUAUGCUAUAAUUUGCCAUAAGCAGAAUAUACUGUAUGGACAUUAUCUGGCUUAUGUAUGCCUCCAAGGAGUUUGGUAUAAAUGCGAUGAUUCAAGGGUUAAAAAACAAGCCCCAGAUUAUAAAUCGGCUUAUCUUUUAUUUUACCAAAAAUAA